AUGGCGCCUCCACCGCACUCCAAGCCGGAGAAUACUCUCAAACGCGCCCAAGAACUCAUCGGAGUCCAGCAGCAACAGGCUGCCCUCCAACUCCUCCACGAACAUGUCACCUCGAAGCGCACCCGCAACAGCCCCAUCGCCUCGCUCGAGCCCGUCAUGGUCCUCUUUGUCGAGCUCUGCGUCGAUCUUCGAAAAGGCAAACUCGCAAAGGAUGGACUCUACCAGUACAAGAACACCGCCCAAAACACAAACGUCGGCACCAUUGAGCUCGUCUUCAAGCGCUUCAUCGAACUGGCUGAGCAAAAGGUCACCGAAGCCCAGGCCAAGGCCGACGAAGUGCAGUCCACACUCGAGACCAGCAGCGAGACCCAGAAGAUCGAUGAUCUCGAGGCCUCGGAGACGCCAGAGUCGAUUCUUCUGUCCACCGUCUCCGGCGAGCAGUCCCGCGACCGCACCGACCGCGCCAUCGUUACCCCAUGGCUAAAGUUCCUCUGGGAGACGUACCGAACCGUCCUGGACAUCUUCAAGAACAACGCUCGUCUGGAGCUCAUGUACCAGUCGACUGCCCACCAGGCCUUCCAGUUCUGCUCCAAGUACGCCCGCAAGACCGAGUUCCGCCGUCUCUGCGAGCUUCUACGAAACCAUCUCCAGAAUGCUGCCAAAUUCUCCUCGCAGAUGCAUGCCAUCAACCUGUCUGACCCCGACACCCUGCAACGCCAUCUCGAUACCCGCUUCCAGCAGUUGAACGUCGCUGUCGAACUGGAGCUCUGGCAGGAGGCCUUCAGGAGCGUCGAGGAUAUCCACACACUCCUCAGCUUGAGCAAGCGCCCGGCCAAGAACAUCAUGAUGGCCAACUACUUUGAGAAGCUCACGCGCAUCUUCUUGGUCAGCGAGAACUACCUCUUCCACGCCGCGGCAUGGAGCCGAUACUACAACCUCCUCCGCCAGUCCGCAGCGGCCGUUGCAUCUGGACACAGCUCCAAGAAGGACAACCCGGCCGUCACCGAGGCUGACAUGACCAAGGCUGCCUCCUUCGUCCUCCUUUCAGCACUCUCUAUCCCCGUCAUUAGCACGUCCCGUUCCCGAGGUGCUCUUGUCGACGUUGAUGAGGCGAGGAAGAACAAGAACUCUCGCCUAACUAACCUGCUCGGCAUGUCACAGGCUCCCACCCGUGCCAUAUUGUUCAAGGACGCCCUCAGCAAGGGCCUGCUCAAGCGUGCUCGCCCAGAGAUUCGUGACUUGUACAACAUCCUCGAGGUCGAUUUCCACCCGCUUUCCAUCUGCAAAAAGAUCUCCCCCAUCCUAGCCCAGAUUGGUGCCGACGAAGGAAUGCAAAAGUAUGUUGGCCCACUACAACAGGUCAUCCUCACGCGCCUCUUCCAGCAAUUGUCUCAGGUCUACGAUUCCGUGGAGAUCAAGUUUGUGCUUGGUCUAGCACAGUUCCCUGAGCCCUUCCACGUCAGCGCCGGUACCAUCGAGAAGUUCAUCAUGAACGGCUGCAAGAAAGGAGACCUGGCUAUCCGAACUGAUCACGCCACCGGCGUCCUCACUUUUGAUUCCGACGUAUUCUCAUCGGCCAAAGCCAUGCACCCAGGUUCCGGUGCGGGCUCAGCGGAGACCGAAUCCCGCUCCGUGCAGCGUCUGCAGAGCACACCAGCAGAGAUUGUCCGAUCUCAGCUUACUCGCCUGGCGAAAUCACUCUUCGUGACUUGCCAAUACGUAGACCCCGCUUUCAAUGCCGAGCGGAUAAGGGCCAAGGAAGCUGCUCUCGCUCGAGCCAAGGAGGGCUCUGAGAAGGAGCACCAGGAGAUCCUCGCUCGUCGCGACAUCAUCUCGCAGAAGAAGGAGGCCGCACAGAAGGCCCUCCAGGCCAAGGAAAAUGAAGAGCAAACCAAGAGACUCGUUCGUCAACAGCAAUUGAAGGAGGAGGAAACUAAGCGUUUGGCGGAAGAUAUACGUCAACGCGCAGAACAGCGCAUCAAGCAGGAGCAACAGCGAAUUCAACGCGAGGAAAUUGAGAAGCAAAUCAAGGAGCUCAAGCUGACCACCAAGGUGGAUAUCGAGAUUCCGGAUGAUAUCACCGAUCUGGACUCCCAGAGGAUUCGCAUUCUGAAGCUCCAGGCUCUCGAGAAGGAAAAGAGUCUCCUCGGUGAACAGCUUCGCAUUGCCGGCAAGAGGAUCGACCAUUUGGAGCGAGCCUAUCGCAAGGAGGAGAUCAAGCACCUCAAGACCGAUUACGAGAAGCAGAUGGAGGCCGACAAAGCCGCGUACGAGAAGGCCAGGACCGAGGAGCUAAAGGAGUCGGAAGAAAAACACAAGGAGGAUGUUUCGCUGAAGCAUCGUCUGUCAAGACUUGUAUCACCCUACCAGCAAUUCGUCGCUGACGUCAAGCAAGCGCGUAAGACUGAGUUCGAGAAGCGCCAAAAGAUCGCACAGAAGGAACUUGAGAGCAAGAAGGCUGCACGCGUCAAGGAAGUCAAGGAGCGUGUGGCUAGGGAGAAGAGAGAACGGGAGGAGGCCGAGCGACGAGAGCGAGAGGAGGAGGAGCGCGAGAGGGAGGAAGCCGAGGCCAAAGCCAAGGCGGAUGAAGAGAAGCGAGCAAGGUUGCUCGAGGAGAAGGCGAAGAGGGACGAAGAGCGAAAGGCUCUUGAAGAAAAGUCACGCCUCCAACGCCAGCGAGAGGAGGAGGCUGAAGCCAAGAUUGCAGCCAGGAAGGCAGGACUGGGCGGUAGCCGUGCUGUUCCAGACCGAACUAUCUCGCGCGAGCCAGUUGCAGAGUCAGCCUCUGCUGGUGGCCCACCACGUCUUGCGCUCGCUGGCAGCAAGCCUACCUGGCGUGAGCGUGAGGCCAUGAAGGCCGCUGGCCAGGCACCUCCUGCCGAGUCCACAUCUCCUGCUCCCGCUGCUGCCGACGCUCCCGCUGCGCCGGCUGCUUCCGACGCGGAGCCCCCUAGGAGGUCUGGCUAUGUCCCGCCCGCGAUGCGCCAGGGUGGUGCUCCCGGAGGAUGGCGCGAGCGUGAGGGGAGCGGCAGUGGCCGUGGACCUCCUGCUCGUCCCGAACGUACCGAAUCUCCCGCUACUGGCGGCCGCUAUGAGCCCCCUGCGCGUGGUGGACGAUUCGCUGAUCUGGGCGAAAGGAAGGCAUCGCCUGCCAGCGGUGGCGGCUACGUUGCUCCAGGCCGUCGUGGUGACCGAGACGGUGCCCCGCCCCGUGAGCGUGAGGGUGACAGUGAGCGAGAGUCGAGGCCUACGACACAGGCGCCCACUGAUGGAAAGUACAGGCCUGGUGCCUUCAAGCGUGGUCCCUAG